CGUAUAGGACUGAUACACUGGAUGGUUAUUUUGUCCACUACUGGAGGAUUAAUCAUUUUUCUUGAGCAAAAUUUCUUUUUCGAAUUAGAAGAGCCUGGAGUUAUGGAUAUAUACAUUUUGAUUUCCGCGUUGUCAGUGAUGCUCUCCUGGUUUAUGUGCACAGUGCUAUCGGCGCCAGCUGGAGAGACAUCCACUGCUGGAGAGACAUCCACUGCCUCCACCGACACCAAGCCGCUGCGCCAUGUGCGGAACAAACGCUGCUCCUGCGCGUCUUUCGAGGACAAUGAGUGCGUCUACUUCUGCCACCUGGACAUCAUAUGGGUCAACACUCCCGAGCGCGUGGUCUCGUACGGACUGGGCAACGCUCCCAGAACGAAGCGCGCGGCCUCGGACUCCAUGGCAACCAGCAGCGAUCCUCGCUGCCAGUGUCUCCGCCAAAACGACAACGCAUGUCGAAACUUCUGCCGGCUGGAAAACCACCUCAGGUAUGAAACGUCCCCAGACACGGUGAUCCGCUCCGCCGAGGGCGACGGCUGUGCCGAGGCGCAGUGCAAACACAAGCCGGCAGCAGACACGGGCACGAUUAACAGGGUGAGGAACAGCAACAAGAAACGGGUGUCACCUCUAGCAAUCAGGGCUGCCUUAAGAACCCGUCUGCUGCUCAAGAAGUGGAGGGCGAGGCAGCACCACAGGGCAAGAGCUUGGGAGGGCGAGAGCAAGGCCUCCUAAAGAUGACAGAUGAGCUUCGCACCUUGUUAUGCUGAAGGGGGGUUUCAUUAGCCCUUCUCUAGAAGCCAGUGGGGAGCCCCGUGGAAGGACAAUGGAGAGCCCAAAUGAGCUUGGCCAGCGUCCUCCGUGUCGGCUCUGUGGCUGCGGCGUCAGAGCUGGACUGUGUCGCACUUCAUGAGACAGACGAACGGAGUCAAAGACAAUAGAGGGAGUUCAGGUGAAGGGAGAUAAGCUGAACGGAGGACUUGGCCUCAGUCUGCACUAUCAAGACAUUCAUCUUGCAGGUGUCACGGUCAGAGCCUUUGGACUCAGAAGAAAAACAACAAAUAGCAUUUCAAAAACUUGAUAUUACUGGAAGGAUUUCACAUAAAUCCCUCUGUUACAGAAAAUAAAAAUCACUGCCGUAUAUGGAAGAAGGCAGUCCUGCUUAUUGUAUUUCAAAAUUUCAAAAUGGCAUUAUACAGCUGCAUAAGCAGACUGUUAUACAAGAUAUACUGUGUUAUAGAGUGGAUCAUGUGCCUUAUGUCACUGUUCUACACAAGACUUUUUUCCAACCGACUGAAAAUAUUUGCUACAUUUUACCUAAAAGCUUGUCUUGUAUGUGAAGUCAUUGUAGCUAUGCUGUACAGUAGCU